AUGGCGGCGGGACGGCGACCUUGCAGUCUCUCCCUGGCCCACCCCAGACCCCCCAAGCCCCGGCCCUGGGAGUCAGCUCCCAUCUGGGGCAAGGGUGGCAGGCAGAGCAGGGGCUGGUGGGGCUGCUGGAAGCUCAAAAGUCCUCCUCAGACAGGUGGCAGCAACUCCAGAAUGUGGCAGCUCGCAAGCCUCUUACUGUUGGUGACCAUCUGGGGAAUUUCCGGCACACCAGUUCCUCCCGACUCAGUGUUCUCCAGCAGCGAGAGCGCCCACCAGGUUCUGCGGAUCCGCAAGCGAGCCAAUUCCUUCCUAGAGGAGAUCCGGCCAGGCAGCCUGGAGCGGGAGUGCAUAGAGGAGAUCUGUGACUUCGAGGAGGCCCAGGAGAUUUUCCAAAAUGUGGAUUACACACUGGCCUACUGGUCCAAGUACGUCGACGGGGACCAGUGCGCGUCCCUACCUUCCGAGCACCCGUGCGACAGCCCGUGUUGCGGGCACGGCAAGUGCAUCGACGGCAUUAGCGUCUUCGGCUGCAACUGCGACGGGGGCUGGGAGGGUCGCUUCUGUAGGCACGAGGUGAUCUACUUCAACUGCUCGGUGGACAACGGCGGCUGCGCUCACCACUGCCUGGAGGAGGAGGGCGGGCGCCGCUGCCGCUGCGCGCCGGGCUACAAGCUUGGGGACGACCACCUGCAGUGCGAGCCCACAGUGAAGUUCCCUUGUGGGAAGCCAGGGAAGCGACUGGAGAAGAAGCGCAAGCACUUGAAACGGGACACAAACCAAACUGACCAAGUCGAUCCAAGGCUCGUCAAUGGGAAAGAGACCAAAUGGGGAGAGAGCCCCUGGCAGGUGAUCCUGCUGGACUCAAAGAAGAAGCUGGCCUGUGGGGCAGUGCUCAUCCAUACCUCCUGGGUGCUGACAGCCGCCCACUGCAUGGAGGACUCUAAGAAGCUCAUCGUCAGGCUCGGGGAGUAUGACCUGCGGCGCUGGGAGAAGUGGGAGAUGGAUGUGGACAUCAAGGAGAUCCUUAUCCACCCCAACUACAGCAAGAGCACCACGGACAAUGACAUCGCACUGCUCCGCCUGGCCCAGCCCGCUGUCCUCUCGCAGACCAUCGUGCCCAUCUGCCUCCCAGACAGUGGCCUUGCAGAGCGUGAACUCACUCAGGUUGGGCAGGAGACCGUGGUGACCGGCUGGGGCUAUCGCAGUGAGACCAAAAGGAACCGCACCUUCGUCCUCAAUUUCAUCAAUAUCCCCGUGGCCCCGCACAAUGAGUGCAUCCAGGCCAUGCACAACAUGAUCUCUGAGAACAUGCUGUGCGCAGGCAUUCUUGGGGACUCACGGGAUGCCUGUGAGGGUGACAGUGGGGGGCCUAUGGUUGCAUCUUUCCGUGGCACCUGGUUCCUGGUGGGCCUGGUGAGCUGGGGCGAAGGCUGCGGGCGCCUCCACAAUUACGGCAUUUACACAAAAGUUAGCCGCUACCUUGACUGGAUCCAUGGCCACAUUAGAGCUGAGGAGGCCUUCCCUGAGAACCAGGUACCUUAGCAUCCCUCAGACUUGUGUCUGAACCCCAGAGGCCACUUGUGGAAUGGGGGCUGGAUUGCUGAAUGGGAAUAUUUGAGACAUUAAAAGGGACAUGUGACAUGCACAUCA